CAGGAGGAAGUUUUCAUCUGUUUAUCCCACGUUUUCAUCCGAAGUCUUUUUUUACUAAGUGACAGCAGAGACUGUGAACGCAGCACUGAUGGAGCUGAAGGAUUUUGACUGUCUCACUAAAGACGUCCUGGCUCGGCAGCAGUGCCUCCUGGACUCCUCUCCCUCCUCUUCUCCUGCUGCAGAGGCUCAGUCUCCGGCCUCCUUCCUCCACUCCUCCCUCCUCACGUCCUCAUUCCCUGUGAACACCUCUCAUACCCUCAGCCCGUCACACAGGACCUUCCACCCCCCCAGCCCGGCCUCCUCUUCCUCCUGCAGCCUCCUCCUCUGCAGAGAGCCACAGCCCGACUCCCCGACAGGAUCUAGUUCCAGCUGUGGAGGCGAUGCUGUGCACUCACACGCUGACUCCUUUUCAGCACAGGUCAACUCCAUCCUGAGGGGCAACUAUCUGAUGCCACCAGGGGGCGCCGCAGGGCCCAAGCGGCUCUGCCUGGUGUGUGGAGACUACGCCUCUGGUUAUCACUACGGUGUGGCGUCCUGCGAGGCGUGUAAAGCCUUCUUCAAGAGGACAGUACAAGGCAACAUCGAGUACAGCUGUCCUGUGAUGAACCAGUGUGAGAUCACCAAGCGCAGGAGGAAAGCCUGUCAGGCAUGUCGCUUCCAGAAGUGUCUCCAGGCUGGCAUGAUGAGGGAGGGUAUGUGUCCAAGUCAGAGACUCUAGACAGAGAUGGGACACACAUCA